AUUUUUGCGAAACCCAAACACCAAACCAUAAGAAUAAUUUUAUAUAUACUCUUUUUGUGUGCGCGCUCGCGCGCGUGUUAAACUUCGUUGAGAAGUAUGAAAUUCUUUAUAAGGCGAUUGAUUUGUCUAAGGAAUUAACUAAUCUCACUCUUUUAUGCUAGUUAUUGAGGUAAUCACUCACGUAGUGCUUGCAUUUGAGAUUUUAAGCUCGCACUGUAUGUGUUCGACUUUUUGUUUCUGUGACAUGUAUCCACCUUUGUAGACCUGUGUUGGCAAUCAGAUUGGAGAAAACUAUGGGAAUUUUAUUGUCAGAGUUGCUUUUGUUGUUUCUACUGCUUUCUGAACAAUUGAAAGACUCAUGAAUCAACCCCCAUUCUAUUUUUUGAUAUAGUUAGUCAUUUUUCAUUUAGAUUUUUCGCAGGCAUUGCCUUGCAAAUGAUGUACGUUGAUAAUUGAUGUGAUGGCAAAUGAGUAGAAGAAAAUAUAAAUCCAGUUGCUAUUGGCUCUACCCAAUUGGCAUUCGUGAUUAGAAUUCCAAAAUGGUUAUGAAUCAAUGGCUGCAAUUCAUAGUUCUGAUGGUGUUUUGUUUAUUUAUUGGUCUAAAACCAAAAAUGACGCAAAACUACAAAGUCAUAUGGGUUCAUAUAAUAAGGUCAUUCCCCAUUUCAAGUCAGCUUUCUAUUCUAGGAAUUGGAGAGGUUAUGGCCUCUCUUUUUAGCCCUAGUUAAAACCUAUAUUUCAGAACAUGGGGACUUCAACGUAAUUGCAGAUCCAGUGGCAAUGGUUGUGGAGUUUGCCUUUAAAAUAGAUGCAGGACACUGUCAGGAUGAUGUUAAAUCCUUUGUGAAGUUCAUAUCUUUGGGAACCUCCUUGAAAGCAGUAAUAUAUUGGCAUUAGGAAAAUGCUAUGCAAACAACUUUUUGUAUAACGUUUAUUUAUUUUUAAUAAAUAGUUGUGGCCUGCAAUAACAAAGCAUUGAUAAGAACAACUCAGCUACCACAUCAGUUUGUUUGUAUGGCAUUACUCUUUUCAUUAAUAUCCAUAAUUCUUGCCUUAGGAAUUUAUUCAGGGCUCUAGUACUAUGAAUUCUGAUGACUAGUCAAAGUGUAUUGCACAUCAUGGUUUUCUAUAGUUGUCUAAUCUCAACUGCGAAACUGAAACUUUUGCAUAAAUUUCCAGUAUUUAUGCUGUUCCCUUCUUGUGUUUGUGCACAUCUUUGUCUCAAAUUUGAUAUUGAACCAUCUUGGUGCAAUUUUGUGUCUCUGCUUCUCAUGUGAUUCUGUUUAAUGAGUUUUCCAUCUCAAUUUACUAACUUUUGCUGCUAUGUGUAAUUGAGCCAUGCAGAAGCUAGUAUUCUUCUAUGGGAACUGAAGAGCCAAAAGGUCAAUUGAAAGGAAUGGACUGGGAAAAUAUUGGUGAUUCCAUCCAUAAUGAGCCCAGUGCGGGGCCUGUUACGAAGAAACGGCUUCCAAGAAAGGUUAGGCAAAUCCCAGAUUGUUAUUUUCUUCCUCGGAGAUCAUUACCCUCUGCAAUUGCCUUUUACGGGGCAUGGAUUGUUGCUGGAGUUGGUGCAGGGAUGCUAGCAGAAAUCUGGAUAAACAAGAAGGUCAAAGCAAGGGAAGACUUGGCUUCAGUGACCGGCAAACCCUCAUCAGUGGCCGGCAACCCCUCAAUGUUGGCCGGCAAACCCUCAUCUGUGGCUGACCGGCCACCAGUGAAAAAUUCAGUUUUGUGCUUUUGAAGCAGAGCAGUGUUGAUCUAGAGGAGGAAAACAGUGUAAGU